GGGACCCAGGCAGCUCGGGUAAUAGAGGCUGGAGCCACUGUUUGGCUCCGUUGGAUUCUUUCCCGUUGUAGAGGGCAGCUGAGCCCCAGCCCUGCAGGCCCCUUCCCGCGCCACCCAUCCGCCUACUCUGCAGCCUUGGUGGACACCUCGUCCUCUGCUGCACAUCCAAAGGAUGGCCUACAGCUGCCCGGAUAAGAAGGGGCUGGGCACCCAAACCCAUGUUUGGGAGAAGCAGAAGAUUCAGCCCCAGAGGAAAGAUUGUCUGUCGCUAUUGGAGAGGCCCCCGAUGGUCUGGAACUCUGUGUUCUAGCCCACUUUGUUCCUGCCUCUGUAGCCUUAGGCAGGCUCCUACCCCGUGUGUGCCUCAGUUUUCCCCGCUGUACCAAGAGUGGCUGUUAUAUUGGUAUCGGGGCCUUUCCAUUUCCGUAUUCCCGAGGCCUGCUGGUCUGAGGAUCAGCCGCCAGGGGGCGUAGCGAGCUCAGGCUCUGCUAUCGCCCCGCCCCCUCCAGACUUCUGGCCUCGGACUCAGCUGUUGCUACAGCGCCAAAGGCAAGGCCCCACCCUGCCUUGCCCCCGACGAUGGCUCACCGCUUCCCUGCUGAAGAUGACUGUCCCCUUCCCGCAGUCACAACCCGUGGUGCUUCUCUCUCCAUUGCCCUCCCCACCUCAGACUUACGGGCACCUGGUGGGGGUAAAGGAUGGGUUCUGAGUCACCGCGCCUCCAGCCUCAGCAUGUUGUGGGCUUGGGAAGCUGUAGUUUGCUGGCGAUAGGGCAGGGAGGAUGAAAAGGCCCUUCUUCAUUGACGAUGGGACCAUGUUUCUGGCGCCCCCCAUCCCCAGCCCCCCCUUCAGCCUGGGUGUCUAGGGAUGGACAGUCUGGGUGAGCUCUGGCCCGAUCCAUCAGGAUCUUAAUGCUGGGAUUCUGAGAAUCCUAGCCUGUGCUCCCGAGGAGCUUGAGGCUGGGGUCCAGGAGUUCGGGGUGCUAGGGGAUGCAGCCCCGGGGGAGGGGGCUGCUGUGGCCACAUCAGGGGCACAGACACGCGUAGGGCAUCUGGCACCAGGUGCACUCCUACAGCAGCAAGUACACACAGCCUGAUGCCAGCCCCUGGCCAAGCCAGCAGCUUGACGUGCAUGGUCUGCUCAAGCUGGCAGGUCACAGUGGGUGGCCAUGAGCAGCCACGGGGUGACAAGUCGCAGUAGGUGAGGCUGAGAUAAGGUGGACCUAGGUGAGGUCCAUCAGCCAGUGGCGCACAGCGAGCACCGUUGUGGCCUGUAGUUCCCAGGCGCCGCCGCUGACAUUGUGGGGCGGCGGCAGUGCCUCGACACCGUGGGCCAGCUUGUCGCGGUAGAGCACCGCGUCAUCAGCCGGCUUUCGGCUCAGCGUGUGGAGCUGUGCUGGCCCAGGUCCACCGCGGCACAGCCCCUCCGCCACCAUCCAGAGGGGUCAUAGGAGGUGCCAGCAGGUGCAGUGGCAGCUCUGGGCACACAUGCUUGGGCUUGGGCACGUACUGGUCAUCGCCAGAGGCCAAGACAGGCUAUAGGGCCGAGGGCCAGUCGCGGACAAGCUGCACUUACACACCCUGCAGAGCCUGGGUCUCUGGGGACCACUCCCAAGGCCCAUCAUCUGUCCUCUACGUUGGGUGCAGGGUUCAAGGCCACAGUCACCAGGAGCAGCAGUUGGAGCGAGGGAAGAGGGGUGCCUGGGGCCCGCUGGGACUCGGGCCAUAGCGAGGCGCCCUUCCUGCCUUCCCCACAGGUGGUCUCUCUGGUUGCCACCAUCCUCCCUCCUCCUCUGCUAUCAUUUCAGCAGCUCAGCCUUGCUGCUGCUGGGAGCUCUGCCCUAGUACUGCCCCUGCCCAUCCAGAGCUUAGCCUCCAGCAAGGAGGGACAUGGUGGGCUGGGGGCUCCCAAGCGGAGGGAGGACGGUGUGUCAGGGACCUCGGGGCUUUCAGGGUCCAGGCCUGCCACAUUCGUGAGUCCAGGCUUCUGGGAAUCUAACAGUGCAUUACUUUCAUACAGGGUGGUUGUGGACCCCUAAAUUCUUAAAUCCCACCACACCAAGUCUGGAUCCUACAAUUCUGCUCUUCAGAGAUCACACGAUUCUACGAUUCUAAUUCCUUAAUUCAAUUUUGAUAGCUCUGAAUUCAGGUUUGGAGAAUCUAGGUAUGAUCCCUAAUAUCUUCAAUUCAGUGAGCCUCUGCUUCCAGAAAUUGGGGGAUGCGCUGCAUCUGGGAUGGGUGACAUGAGGCUUCAGAGGUGCCUGAGCACUGGUGAAAAUCCCAGGGCCUGUGGGAAGCCAGUUCUGAAGAGUCUCUUCCCGGCUCCUCAGGCCUUGGUUACAAGUCCUGUCUACAUCAGCAUCCCCUCAGACUGUUUUCUCUCCCCUUUCACAGACUUCUUGACAUUCGCCCCACCCUCCCAGCUUCUAGAAAGACACCACACAGUGCCUACCAGCUCUCCUCUCCCUUAAUUCAUUACAGACAGCAUCCUGGCCCCACUACACUUGUCUAGUUUUCAACAACCACCUUGUUGCUGAAUCCAAUGCACCUCACACCCCGGGUGCUGGCCUCUAACCCUCUGGAAGCAUGUGGCCAUGUGGCCCCCUCCUCCAAGAGGUCCAGACCAGAACCCCAUGACUGAAUGAUACAGCCAUUCACCGAGACCUAGUAACCUCUUCGGCUGUUGUCUGGACAAGAGGCUCCUAGUGGCUCACUCAUUAAAUCGCUCCCCUUCUAUUCAUCCUUUUAACCCCAGGCCGUAAUAAACUACUUACACAAUAAAUGGGCAGGUCCUGUCCCUGCUCUAGAACCUCCUCUAGUUCCCCAUUCCCCUCAGGCUAAAGCCAGACUCUUUGGACAGGCACAUAAACCCUGCAGGCUUCGGGCAGACUGAACCCCUAGAACAAUCUUAGGGAAACUGAUGGGUCUCAGGAUUCUCAGGGGCCAGGAAGAGUAGUUCUAUCUGAAGUCUGCAGCAAAGGGGCUCCUGGAUUCCUAGCAUAGGACACCCCACUCAAGACUAGGAGUCCCGGGACUUCCCUGAUGGUCCAGUGAUUAAGACCCCGCGCUUCCAGUGCAGGGGGUGGUCGGGGAACUAAGAUCCCACAUGCCACACAGCGUGGCCAAAAAAAACACAAAAGACUAGGGGUCCUUUCUGAGCUUCGGUUGGAGCCCUUCUUGGAGCAGGGAGCAGAGACGGUGGGGAAGCAGGACCACAGGAGGUGAGAGGGCCAGGAAUGGACUGGGCCCUGGGCACAGAGGGGUUAACUACAAAGCGAGAAUCUCAGAGAGCGAGAUCAAUGGGUUACUCGCUGCAGAAAGAGGCAGAAGCAACGCAGAGAGGCAGAGGAGAGCCGGACAGAAGACCAUGCCAUCCGGGGGAAAUCAGGGAAUGAGGAGGAAGUGGCUACUUCUUCGGAAGGAGUGCCCAAGUCCAGCUCAGCAGAGGAAGGCCAAGGAGAGGAGGGAGCCUUGGGAGGCAGACCUGUACCUGCAGGUAGGCACCAAGGGGUGGCCACUGAGCCAGGAGGCAGCUUCAGCCUGGCCGGUUCGCCCAGGAUCAAGCAGGAGCCCAGUGCCCAGGGUUGAGGUAGGUGUUGGCCAUCCUGGGCUUUGCGGGGACCUGCUGCAUGCUGGGGUGGGAGACACAGAUAUCACCCUUCCUUCCUCCUCCCUGCCUGGCUCCCUUGCCCUUAAUACGUCCAGCCACCCCAGAGGUCCAAGCAUGUAGGGAGACCCCCAGGUAGCAGUCGAUAUGGGCCAUGGGUGGGGCAGGGGUAAAGAGUGAGCACAGCUUGCGUAGAUGCUCGUGUGCGCACACACACGCGCGUGCACAGAUUGUCAGAAGCGCUACCUGUUACAGGCUCUCAGAUGAGUGCUCCAGCCUUGGAGUCAGGGUACCAGGGUGGCAACAGUCUCAGACCUGCCACUCAAAGUGUGGUAUUAGCCUCCCGUGUCCCCUCUCUGAGCCUCAAUUUCCUCAUGUGUAAAAAGGGGGCAGUGACUUACAUGGUUCUCCCAGCUGUGCCACUGUCAUGCUCUCACUAAACUGGACUAUCAAAUGACUCAGGGACGUCACCCAUGUUUGGCUGAAUUUGACCUAUGUCCCAAAGCCUUCCUUAGGACUUCCCUGGUGGUCCAGUGGUUAAGACUCCACCCUUCCAAUGCAGGGGGGCGUGGGUUCGAUCCCUAGUCGGGGAACUAAAAUCCCACAUACCGCUCCCACCUACCGCGUUGUGUGGCUAAAAAAAAAAAAAGCCUUCCCUGUAUUUCAGAUCCCCAUUGAAAAAUCAGCUCCUGGGGUUGGAGCUGCCCCUCCCCCCACCCCACUUUGCCUGUGUCUUUACCUGCAUCAUCGGUUGAAGGUGCCUGUCUGAUGAGGAGAUGGCUGAUGCCCAGAACGUUUCGCUGGACAGCCCAGGGAGUAUGGGGGCUGUGGCAGUGCCCGUGGUCUUUGCCCUCAUCUUCCUGCUGGGCACAGUGGGCAAUGGGCUGGUGCUGGCAGUGCUGCUGCAGCCCGGCCUGGGCGCCUGGCAGGAGCCAGGCAGCACUACGGAUCUGUUCAUCCUCAACCUGGCAGUGGCCGAUCUCUGCUUCAUCCUGUGCUGCGUGCCUUUCCAGGCCGCCAUCUACACGCUCGAUGCCUGGCUUUUUGGGGCCCUCGUUUGUAAGGCUGUGCACCUUCUCAUCUACCUCACCAUGUACGCCAGCAGCUUCACGCUGGCGGCUGUCUCGGUGGACAGGUACCUGGCCGUACGGCACCCGCUGCGCUCGCGGGCCCUGCGCACGCCGCGCAACGCCCGCGCCGCCGUGGGUCUGGUCUGGCUGCUGGCGGCGCUCUUCUCGGCGCCCUACCUCAGCUACUACGGCACCGUGCGCUACGGCGCGCUCGAGCUCUGCGUGCCCGCCUGGGAGGACGCGCGCCGCCGCGCCCUCGACGUGGCCACCUUCGCCGCCGGCUACCUGCUGCCCGUGGCCGUGGUGAGCCUGGCCUACGGACGCACGCUGCGCUUCCUGUGGGCGGCCGUCGGUCCCGCCGGCGCGGCGGCGGCCGAGGCCCGGCGCAGAGCCACGGGCCGCGCGGGGCGCGCCAUGCUGGCGGUGGCAGCGCUCUACGCCCUCUGCUGGGGCCCGCACCACGCGCUCAUCCUCUGCUUCUGGUACGGCCGCUUUGCCUUCAGCCCGGCCACCUACGCCUGCCGCCUGGCUUCGCACUGCCUCGCCUACGCCAACUCCUGCCUCAACCCACUGGUCUACGCGCUCGCCUCGCGCCACUUCCGCGCGCGCCUCCGCCGCCUGUGGCCCUGCGGCCGCCGCCGCCCCCGCUGCCCCCCGGGCGCCCGCCGCGCCCUCCGUCGCGUCCGCCCGGCGUCCCCAGGCCCUGCCGGCUGCCUCGGGGACGCUAGGCCUCGCGGGCAGCUGCCGACGGGCGGCGGCUGGGGCGGGGAGCCGGGUCGGGAACCGGUCCGCGGCACAGAGGCUGGCCGGGCCCUGCCCGCCCGAGGACCGGAAUAAACCUUGUCUGCCUCCA